AAUGAGGGGCGACGAAGGUGCGGAGUGAUUCAGAAUUUCAGGUGCAAACACAAAUGCCAUUGAAUUCGGUCCUCGGUUUUUGUCGAUUUUUCGUUUAGUGUUUCGUUUUAAAGUAGUUUAAUUUACGCGCAGCGCGCACCCGCCAUGAAGCUGCACCUGUUGACAGUAUUAUUGGCCACGCUGGGGUUUGCGUCGGCCGCCCGGAAGUGUGUUAUUCCGAAGAUCCUUCAGGGCACCUGGUUCAGCUGGGAGUUUGGUGAGCCCACGGCCACGACCAUCGAUGCGCGGUCCUACGAGCGGCAGGGUCCGACGCAGGGACGCGUGUGGACCGAGUGUGUUGACAGCGAGAAGGUUGGCUCGAAUCAUACCUUCAUUCUGAAGGGUGCCGAUUGCUACUCCUGCGUGAAGGCGUUUCCCCGGACGCUGAACGUUUUCGAGAAGUUUGAGACGCCCUGCAUUACGCUGGACAGGAAUGAGCAGCCUACGAUUGAGCGAAUUUGUCGGACGCUGCGCAAGGACCAGCAGCUGAUCACGUUGUUCAACAAGAAUUUUCACCCGAUGAGCUGUCGUUCGUCGCUGGAAGGAGUGUGGCACUUUGCGUACCAGAACCGCUUCCGCUUCACCGGCGAGUGCGACAGUCCAGACGCGCGUAUCCAGUCCUGCCAGACGCCCGGGUCGCAGUUUUUGAUCCAGAACCAAAAGUUUAACAUAACGUAUCGGCAGUGCCAGGGAAUGGAUGGCACGUUCAACGGCGUGGUCGAGUACAGCUGCUUGGGCGAUUGGUUCAUUGGUAAGAAUCACUAUUUUGCCGUUGUGAACACCAAGGAGUCUCGAGAGGAUGAAAAGUAUAGGUGUUUCUUGAAGAAUCGUGACGAUGAUUUGUACAUUGGUGGGUCGAUCACGGCCGAGUGUAACACGCUCAAGACGGUGGAAAAGUCUCCGGAGCGGUACCGCGUUACACCGGUGAAGAGUGAGGUUGUGGAGCCGGGUUGUCGUUUCCCGCAGAAUUUCACCGGUGAUUGGAUCAAUACGGCCAACAUCGACGCUGAAGUCCAGGUCAACGAGACACAUAUUAUCGAGACGUACUACCCGGAUAGGGCUCGAUUCCGGAGGACGAUCUACGUUUGCAGGGAGCAGCGGGACAGUCGUAUCAUGACGGCUCGACUGACGGUGGAUGGUUGUCAGAAGGAUUACGUGUGCUUUGACUUUAUUCCGCGCCAUCACAACGUGAUUCGGUACCGCAAGGGAAUGGCCGUCAUCAAGGACGAUUUUAGCACCGUUUGCUCGUGGGUGCAGUUCCCGAACAGGGAAGAAUGGCGAUACGACUUGUUCUUGAACGCAAAACCGACGCCGGUGCGUUGUCCGGUGGCCGGAAAGUUUAACUUCACCCAGAAGGGAGAGUCACCGUUCAAGACUCGAAUUCUCGGCGGUGUGACGCUCAGUCCUCGGCCGGAUAUCCGCUGCAAGCAGAAUAUUUCCGAUUUCUCCGUUUGCGACACAGACCAGAAGGAGAUGGCAAUCGAUGCCAACUACUGCCUGUCGGUGGACCACCUGGGACGACCGGUUGACAUUUACAGCGAUCCGGAUUACCGCAUGAAGUGCAUUGGCUAUUGGCAGGAAAAUCUCAAGUCCUACCUGGUGACGUACGACGAUCUGGAUCCGCUGUCCAAGUACCGUUGCUGGGUUUAUCAGCGUGCCGAUUUGAACCGAGUGUUGAUGUCCCAGGCCACGGGCGCCUUUUGCGACGUCAGGCAGGAUGUAACGUCGUGGAAUUACACCGAAGGAGCCGUCGUCGCGCUGGACAUGGUCGAGUACGAACGUGAACGGGACCAGUGUCCGAUGCACUUUGACGACGGUGAAAACCCUUGGCAGGAGGGUGAGAACUACAUUACGGUCUUUCCCUGGUUGAUCUACCGAAGUGGAGUGCCAAGCAGCCUCGGCGGAACGAUGAACGCGUUCGUGGUGUCGCUGGCCGCGUUGCUACUCAAGUUGCUGUUUUAAGCGCGAGUAAAUUCUCAGAAAGCUUCAUAAAUCUCAUCAUUCCGUGUAAUAAAGAAACCGUCCAGGUAGCGUUGGGUGCAGCCGCCAUCCGUCCAAAUCUUUACGCCAACGUGCCUUUUCUAAGUAAGUGAAUCAGUGUCUUGCAAUUUAAGAUUGUUUAAUUUCUACAAACCUUCAUUUUUAACUGUAUUGUAAAGCAAAUUAAGACAAAUAGUUUAUAAAGUGCAUCGAGUAGGAAUAAAGAAAAUUACUUUUGAAAAAAGUG